UCUCAUUCUGCGUUCGCAGGGUUCCUGGAACCAAAAUAUUCAGACCUCAAGUCUGUGCGUCUACCCAGUACGAUUGUAUAUCUUCCAGUGGCAAGUCUGGUUCCUUUUUGGGACCUUGGCCGGUUAUCUAUCUAUCUGUUUAGGACUAGUAUCACAGGAAACACUCGUAACGUGGUCUUUUUCUGCUCAAUCACACAACUAUGAUGUAACCAUGGCACUGCAUACCACCCUUGUAAGCGGCCGGUGCAAUGGAACUACGUGGGAAUCUCUCACCACCCCCAUAUUAAGCGCCGGUCCUCCUCAAUUACUCACACCCCAACAACCUCAUGCAGCGUGGUCUCUACUUCACGGGAUUGAUCUUUGCACCGCCGAGAGAACAUUCAGAUGGUCCUGUGAAUUUCUUAUCACAGGUGGAUUCUAAGGCACCGUCAAAAUUGAUCAGCUCUCUAGAGCAGUCCGAGAAACAGCUGGCACUAGAAUAUGGAGCGAUGACGGGAGCGGAACAUGAGGUUGAUUCGGCGGGAGCGUUACAGGAGGCGAUAGCCAGGGCAGCACACAAGAACUAUGACCCUUUGUUUCCUGCGUAUCAAAGUCACCAACACUAUUUCAGGUCAAGAUUUCGAGACAAAUCCGAUACGUUGCCGUUUCUUGAGAAACAAAGUAGCGCCUCGAUUGUCGAAUCCCCUCUCAAUGUUGGGCGUUCACCAUUCUGGGCCGUAAUAAUCGGAAUCGAUGCAUAUGAUUCGUAUCCAUUGCGAGGCUGCGUAUCAGAUGCUUUAUUGGUUGCAGAAUACUUGCAAGAGGACGUAGGAGUUCCCCAAGAACAAAUACAGCUCCUUCUUGGUUCUGAACAUGCCUCAUGUGAGGAUCCGUCCUACCCGUCCCGUGUCAACAUCAUCAAGGCGCUUCUGGGUCUCAUCAGCAACCCAUCAAUUCUACCCGGCGAUAACAUCAUCAUUUACUUUUCCGGUCAUGGCGCGGGUUAUUCCUCAAGCGAUUAUUUCCACAGCGACACCGAUUCAGACGAGGCUGACGAGAGUCCUCGUGCAAUAGAUCGAUCCAUCGAGGCCAUCUGCCCCAUCGACAGAGAUACCAUCGACGCCAGCGGGUUACAUGUCCCCGACGUCAGCGACCGGGAAAUCAACGGCAUCUUUCAGAAGAUUUCUCGUAGCAAGGGACACCGAAUUACCGUUAUCCUCGACUGUUGCCAUUCAGGUAGACAUACUCGACAUUUCCCAGAUCCCGGCACACGUACCAUUCCCCCACUUCCACGUGCAUCCCUCCGACGUAUGCUGGACAAGGUGAACGAAAGUCUUGGUCACGAAGCUUAUCAGGAAAUCUCAUCGAGGGAAUGGCGGCCGGAUAUGUCCUCGUAUGUCGUUCUCACUGCGUGCAAGGACUAUCAGGUUGCGAAAGAGGUGCAGAAUGAGGCCGGGUACUAUAAUGGGAUUUUCACCCAGGGUCUUAUUGGUACCCUGAGAUCGGGAAAAUUGAGUCAAGAAUCAACGUACGUAGAUCUCCUUUUUUCCUUACCACAGAGACGUGGCCAAACUCCGGUUGUCGCUGGGAAACAUAAGCGUGAGAGCCUUUGGUACAAGGUUUAGCCAUCUGGAACUUAAAGUAUCUAUCAUACUCUUCUCGUUCCUAUGUUUCUUCCUUUACCUGACGAUCCCAAGAUUUGUACGGAUUCUUUUUAUGAUAAUAUCAAUGUGGGACGAUACAGCGUUACCGGUUCGAGGGAACAGAUUCACACGAUUCAGACUCGGACCCUACCCUUCUGAAUGUGAACAACGACCAUAUUCUUUGGAUGAUCUCCACGGAGCCAGCCACACC